AGAUGGUACAGAAAACCUUAGAACAAAAUGGAACUGUUUUAUUAGGCUUUUAUAAAGCUGAAACUCCUGCAAAUUAAGCUGAAUACCAAUUUGGAUGCAGCCAGCCAUGGAUGCCACCCCUAAGUCCCGCCCCAUCAUCCACAACCUACUCUUUCUAUCCUUACUAUUCUCAUCAAAUCUUUUAACUUAUUUAAUCUCUACAACUUCAUACUCUUCUCGUUUUCUCCAUUCCACCAUUACCGACUCUGCUCCUCCAACUAUUACUCUGCCUUCUACCGUUCAUCAGGAAUAUCAUCAAUCUUCGAGUGAAUCGAAAUCAUCGGCUGAAAUCGAACUUUUACCUGAAUUUCUCGCACUCACAUCUCAACAGAAACUCCCAUUCGGGUUCAACCCGAAUUUCGGUGCCGACUUCAUCUUACCUCCGGUUGGCCGCCCCUGUACCCAGUUCCCGGAUGAACUCAACCGGUACAUGUCGUACCAAGUCAACGGAUCUUGCCCUGACGACGAACGUUUGGCCCAGAAGCUUCUCUUAAAGGGAUGCGAGCCACUCCCAAGGCGGCGUUGCCGGCCAGCUGCUCCGGGGGAAUACGUGGAGCCUUACUCUGUUCCUGAAAGCUAUUGGAAAAUACCUCCUGAUUCCUCUGUUGUGUGGACUGCUUAUUCUUGCAAGAAUUACACGUGUCUGGUUAAUCGAGUUCGAAAUCAGAAAGCUUUUGAUGAUUGUAAAGACUGUUUUGAUCUCCAAGGCCCGGAAAAAGGUCGGUGGGUCGGACCAAACACAAAAUCAAACCUCAAUUUCACCAUUGAUGAAGUGCUGGCAGUGAAGAAACCUGGGACGAUCCGAAUUGGGCUGGAUAUUGGAGGUGGGGUCGGCACAUUUGCUGUAAGAAUGGCAGAAAGGAACGUCACAAUUGUGACAACUUCGAUUAAUCUGAAUGGUCCUUUCAAUAACUUCAUAGCAUCAAGAGGGGUGAUUCCUCUGUACAUGACCAUUUCACAAAGAUUGCCCUUUUUCGACAACACAUUGGAUAUAAUUCAUUCGAUGCAUGUUUUGAGCAACUGGAUUCCAACAACGUUGUUGAAUUUCUUGUUGUUUGACAUCUAUAGGGUGCUUAGGCCUGGUGGGAUUUUCUGGCUUGACCAUUUCUUCUGUGUUGGAGAUCAGAUGGAACAGGUUUACAUUCCUCUUAUAGAAACCAUUGGGUUCACCAAAGUGAAGUGGGCAGUGGGAAGAAAGCUGGACAGAGGGCCUGAGCUGCGAGAGAUGUAUCUUUCUGCUGUGUUGGAGAAGCCAUUGAAGAAUUCUUGGUGAAUGUGUAUUUGAUUUUAGCAAUUAGGGAAACGGAAGCCAAAUAAUGUUUUGUUCUAAUUCAUUUGAUUAUGCCAAUUUUAUUUCUCCAGAAUAAGUAACAAACUUGGUAAAUCUGUUCCAAGGACAGA